UGGCUGCACACCAUCAUCACCUGCUCAUUGCCAGUAAGAUGGAACAACUCAACUGUACUGUCAAUACUAACAGCUCCACUCCUUCUUUUGUCUCCUGGGAUUUUAGCCAUCUGGUCCCUGCAGUGAUACUGAGCAUCUGCUUCGCGCUGGGAGUCCCUGGAAACCUUGCUGUGAUCAUCCUCAAACCAAACUACCAUCACAUGUCCAGCCUGAGCCAGAGUCUGAUGCUGAAUUUGGCCAUUUCAGACCUGCUCUGCCUGCUCACCUUGCCCUUCUGGAUUCAUCCUUUACUGUAUGACUGGCCCUUCGGCCUGGUGACCUGCAAGGUCCUUGCGUAUGUCUUGCACUGCAGCAUGUAUGGUAGCAUGCUGACAAUCACAGUGCUUAGUGUCCAGCGGUGCCUGCAAGUGGUGUACCUGCAGAAGUGUCUGGAUCAGGUGGGAAAGAAGAGGAUUCUGAUUCUGCUGUGGCUAGUUGUGAUGACUCUGUACAGCCCUAUUUUACUGUUACGUCAGCUGACCAAAGACCAACACUGUGGGACUAGCUGCCGACCUCAGUACUCUUCCCAGGCCCAGUGGAUGGUUGUGCUGCUGACAGAGUCCUUGAUGGGAUUUGGUUCUUUUUCUGUUGUGACAUUUUCAUACAUCUGCCUCCACAGAAAGGUGAACCAGGCAGCUUUCUUCAACAAUCCACAGACGACCCGACUGGUUGCCAGUAUCAUUGUGGCCUUUUUUGUCCUGUGGAUUCCGUAUCAUACGAUACAUGUGAUGAUUGUGUUGGCUGUUUCACUCAAAAACGAAGGCCUGAUUAAGUUCUGUCAGGACAGCUGGAACAUUGUUGAGGCACUAACUGCUGUGAAUAGCUGCCUCAAUCCAGUCCUUUAUACGUUUACUUUGCGAAACAUGUGUUCAGGCCAAAACUCUGAAAAUAAAUACUGUUGUUAA